AUAAUGAGUGCCUUCAAGAACAAAGCCAUGGGAGUAAGCCAGGAUUUAACACUCUCCAAGAGUGGGACUCGUAGUGAAAAAGUUCCAGUUUUUACACUUCCUCUGUGCUUCUUUUUUCAGUAACCGUGAGGAAAAUUAUUCAAAAAGAAUAAAUAUGAUAGGAUAUUUACCCCAAAAACUUUAUCCUGCUGGGCGUAUCGGUACAUGUAAUACACACCUGUUUAGUCCCCAAGGUCGUGAUUCUGUUUCAGGCCUAGUGUCACGCUUUCUGUCACGAAAAGCUAGAGAAUGGCCUGGGCAUCACCGUGUCAAGUAAGCGUAGAGGAAAACAGGCGGAUCAGGUAGCUAGUACAGCACAGAUAAAACCGAGCGUAAGCCUUUACGAGCAGGGAAUUUUUGCCUCCUUCCAGAACGAAAGGUCAGAAUAGGAUGAAAAACUGGGCAGUUAUCACAGGUGCUGGGACUGGUAUUGGUUCUGCUUUGGCCAAGGAAUUAUCAUGUCAUGAUUUGAAUGUCCUGGCAAUUGGACGCAGGUUUCAGCCAUUACAAGAAACCCAAAAGUGUUCGCCGGACAGCAUUCAUCCUCUUGCUGUUGAUGUAGCAACCACUGAGGGCCAAAGGAAGAUACUGGAUUUUAUACCAGAGGGUGACAAUGUGAAAUAUUUGGUGCAAAAUGCUGCUGUUGGAGUACCGUCAAGACUUCAGGAUAUUAAGCGAGAAGAGUUUGAGUAUGCUUUCGCAGUAAAUGUCACUGCCCCACUCAUGCUUGCCCAAGGAUUUUUCCCAAGAUUGAAUAGCAAUAAGGGAAGGAUAAUUCACCUUGGAACAGGAGUAGCUAAAACACCGCAGCUGGGAACAAUUACAUAUGGAAUCACCAAGAUGGCCUUCCAAAGGCUUUAUGAGCAGCUGGUCAUUGAAUUGAAAGGAUCACAAGUCCAAAUUGCUGAUGUUCUUCCAGGAGUUGUUGAUACAGAAGGACUGUGGGAACAUAUAAAAUUGGCAAAAGAACAAAAACUGCCUCAUGUAUCCUAUUUUGAUGCAGUUCAAAAGGAUGGGAAGAUGUUCAGGGCAGAAUUUGCUGCCAAAUUUUUGAAAUUUGUUCUAGUUGAUUCUUCAGAUAAAGAAUUCUCCAAGGUCUGGAACAUUCACGAUAGUGAACACUGGCAGCGAUGGCAAAGAAAUUGAGCCUUUUUUUGCAGAGUUAUAAUUUUCUGAGUGUUUAUGAUGAUUUACUAGAUGGGACCAAUACUUUGAAGAAACAAAAUUGUAACUCACAGAAACAUUUGUAUGGUGUGAAUUUCAAUAAAUUAGCUUAAGAAACA